AUGGCGGCCUACCAACCACCAUUGGCUGGCAAGCUGGCCAUCAUUACUGGUGCAUCACGAGGCAUCGGUGAGGCUAUUGCCCGCAACCUGGCUGCCAAGGGCUGUAACCUUGUCCUCAACUACACGUCGGCGUCGUCCAAGGUCCUUGCGGAGACUCUUGGUUCCGAGCUGGCCACUGCCCAUGGCGUCCGAAUUCUCUGUGUGCAGGCCGACGUCGGCGGCGAGCCUGGCGAGCCGGCUGCAGGCGGCGGUGCGGCGGGCAUCGUCGCCCUCGCCAAGGCCUUUUUUGCUCCCGAUGCGGCUGACGGAACGCCGACGCCGUUCCAGAUCGACAUCCUGAUCAACAACGCCGGCAUUGCGCGCAACGACCGCAUCGAGGACGUCAAGGUCGCCGACUUUAACGAGACCUACCGCGUCAACGUGCUGGGCCCACUGCGCCUCGUGCAGGCUGCCAAGCCGUUCUUGCCCGCUGCCGGCACGCGCUCGGGACGCAUCGUCAACCUGUCGUCUGUGUCAUCGACGGCCGGGUUCAUUGGCCAGUCUGUGUACGGCGGCUCCAAGGCGGCCCUCGAGGCAAUGACGCGCACGUGGGCGCGCGAACUGUCUGAGCACGCGACGGUCAACUCCAUCAACCCGGGCCCCGUGGCCGGCCCCAUGUACGCAUCCAACACGCAAGAGUUCCUCAACGACAUCAAGGGCUGGAUUGACCGCGCGCCACUCAUGCGGCCGCGUGCCGGCGUGGAUGCCGAUGACGUUGUCGCGGCCGCGCGCGAGCCUCUUUCGGGCGGCGGCCGUCCGGCGUACCCUGCCGAAAUUGCCGGCAUCGUGGGCAUGCUGACGCUGCCUGACUCGGCGUGGUGCACUGGCCAGGUCGUGUCUGCCAACGGCGGCAUGAUUAUGCAGUAG